AUGGUUUUCGAGGCACAGCGCCAGCUCUUUGCUCGCUCCGAGCGAGUCAAGGGCAUCGACUUCCACCCGACCGAGCCAUGGAUUCUCACAACCCUUUACAGCGGCCAUGUCUACAUCUGGUCGUAUGAGACCCAGCAGGUGGUCAAGACCUUCGAGCUCACUGAUGUCCCGGUCCGUGCCGGUCGCUUCAUUGCGCGCAAGAACUGGAUUGUCUGCGGGUCGGAUGAUUUCCAAAUCCGGGUCUACAACUACAACACGAGCGAGAAGAUUGCUUCAUUCGAGGCGCAUCCCGACUACAUCCGUGCCAUCUGCGUUCACCCAACACAACCGUUCGUGCUCACCGCCAGUGAUGAUAUGACCAUCAAGCUUUGGGACUGGGAGAAGGGGUGGAAGAAUGUUAGGGUGUUCGAGGGCAACUCACACUAUGUGAUGUCGCUCGCGAUCAACCCCAAGGACACCAACACUUUUGCCUCCGCUUGCUUGGAUAGGACUGUCAAGAUCUGGAGUUUGGGAUCAUCCACACCCAACUUCCAGUUGGAAGCGCAUGAGACGAAGGGCGUCAACCACGUUGACUACUAUCCCCACAGCGACAAGCCGUACCUCCUCACCACCUCAGACGAUCGGACGGUAAAAAUCUGGGAUUACACAACGAAGAGCUUGAUCGCGACGCUAGAAGGCCACACGAACAACGUCUCGUUUGCUUGCUACCACCCUGAAUUGCCCAUCAUUAUCUCGGGUUCCGAAGAUGGUACCGUGAGGAUAUGGAACGCCAACACCUACCGCCAUGAGCAAUCUUUGAACUACGGGUUAGAGAGAGCGUGGUGUGUGUCUUAUCAAAAGGGCAAGCAAGGCAUUGCUGUGGGCUUCGACGAUGGCUCGGUUGUGAUUAAGCUCGGUCGCGAGGAACCGGCGGUGUCGAUGGACAGUUCUGGCAAGAUCAUUUGGGCUCGCCAUAACGAGGUUGUUUCUGCAGUCAUCAAAGGCGGUGAGGCGACCAAGGACAACGAACCGAUCAACCUCAGCACGAAAGAGUUGGGCAAUGCCGAAGUCUACCCGCAAGGUCUUAUCCACUCGCCAAACGGCCGGUUUGCCGCCAUCUGCGGUGACGGCGAGUACAUUAUUUAUACCGCCCUGGCGUGGCGCAACAAGGCGUUUGGCCAAGCUCUCGACUUUGUCUGGGCGUCCAAGGACAACUCUAACGACUUUGCGAUCCGGGAGUCGGCCACCAGCAUUAAGGUGUUCAAAAACUUCCAGGAGAAGAAGGGCGGGCUGGAUGUUCCUUUUGCGGCGGACGGGCUCACUGGAGGUGUACUCCUCGGUGUCAAGGGCCAAGGGGGUGUUUCCUUCUACGACUGGGCGACGGGUGGCCUUGUCCGGCGCAUCGAGGUCGAGCCUAAGCAAGUAUACUGGAGUGAGAGCGGAGAGCUGGUCGCUCUUGCUUGCGAGGACACGACCUACGUUUUGCGAUUUUCCCGGGACAGCUACAACGAGGCUCUGCAGGCCGGCCAGGUCGACGAUGAUGGCGUCGAGGCUGCCUUUGACGUGGUAACCGACAUCAGCGAGAGCAUCCGGUCGGCCGAAUGGCUCGGCGAUGUCUUGAUCUACACCAACGGCACGAACCGGCUUAACUACUUGGUGGGCGACCAAACCUACACUGUCGCGCACUUCGACAAGCCCAUGUACAUUCUCGGCUACCUGCAGCGCGACAGCCGGAUUUACCUCACCGACAAGGAUCUUUCCGUCACAUCGUUUGCGCUCUCUCUCCCGGUAUUGGAGUACCAGACGUUGGUCCUCCGUGAGGACAUGGAGACCGCCGCAGAGUUACUCCCUAGCAUUCCCCAAGACCAGCUCAACAAGAUCGCCCGUUUCCUGGAGGGCCAGGGCCAUAAGGAGUUGGCGCUCGAAGUGGCCACCGAUCCGGAGCACAAGUUCGACCUUGCCCUUGCCUUGAACCAAUUGGACAUUGCUCUCCAACUGGCACGCAAGGCCGACAUCGACCACAAGUGGAAGACUCUUGGAGACGCUGGCCUCGCUGCGUGGGACCUGCCCCUCGCCACCGAAUGCUUCGUGAACGCCAAGGAUCUUGGCUCGCUGCUAUUGCUGUACACCUCGACCUCGGAUCGCGACGGCCUCGCCAAGCUGGCCGAGCAAGCGGCAGAGGCGGGAGCGCACAAUGUCGCUUUCAGCUCCAGGUGGUCACUAGGAGACGUACCCGGGUGUAUUGACGUGCUCGUCAAGACGGACCGUUUGGCGGAAGCGGUGCUUUUCGCUCAGACUUAUCAACCGAGCCUGGCCCCCGAGCUGGCUCAGAAGUGGAAGGCGAGCCUCGAGAAGAACAAGAAGGGUCGCGUGGCUAAGGCAUUGGGUGUCCCUGGGGAGGAUGAUGAGCUUUUCCCCGAGUGGGAGAAGUGGCUGAAGUUGGAGAAGGACGGGCCUGCUGCGACAAAUGGAACCAAGGCCGAGGAGGAGGAAGAGGACGAUGACGAUGAUGACGACGAAGAAGAAGAGGAGGAGGAGGAAGAUGAUGACGAGGAGGAGGAGGACAGUGAUGAGGAUGUUGAAUGA